CCUAACCGGAAACGCCAGGAGCCACAGUAUUAUUUGUUGUGGAAAUGAAUGGGUGCAAACACAGCUCAUGUUGACACAUAUUUUUGUAGUUUCACCACUUUUUAGUAAAUAAAAAACCUAAAAACUUCACUAUGGAAUGUGACAUUUUGGACUCUUUAGAGCAGCUCGGCUAUGACGGUUCUCUGGUGGAGGAAAAGGCGCUGCUGAAGGCCGCAGAGGGAGGCCUCUCCUCCCCGGAGUACGUGGAGCUGUGCAGGUGGUUAGCAUCCAGACUGAAGCCUCUGUGUGAUCUGGAGGAGAGCAUCAUCUCAGGACCGGAGGACGUGAGCAGCCUCCAGGUGGAGAUGAGCUCUUUGCUGAAGGAGCUGCACUGUCCUUUUGAAGAAGCUGUUUCAGGAAUUCUUCAGUGCACUGCUCCAAGCACAAAAGACCAUCUCAGAUUUGUCUUAUUUCUGAGCUCCGAGCUUCAGGCUGCACAGAUCGUGAGGAGCAGGCAAACCUCUGAUAAACACGAAGAAGAGAGUCCCAUUUGUCAAGAGCUUUCAGCAAUCUGUGAAGCACUGAAGCUGCCAGAGCCCCAAGGGCAGGAAGCACUGGGAUAUUUCUCUCAAAUACAAAACAAGGUUGAAAAAUUACUUGAAGAUCUUCCUGAUGGCUUCGUUGGAAAGCCCGUGUUGAAGAACCCUCUCAGCAGUGACCAGUGGGAAAAGCUGCACAACAUCGACAAAGUUCUGUCAUCAGAGUACGAAUGUCGCCGCAGGAUGCUGAUCAAACGGCUGGACGUCACCGUCCAGUCUUUUGGCUGGUCAGACCGAGCCAAGGUGAAGGUGGACAUUAUGGCAAGAGCAUAUCAGCCUAAGCGACACUCUCUGAGACCAAAGUCCACAGUGGACAUGGCCGAGCUGCUGGCUGCCAGAGAGGACAUCUGUAACGUGAUGAAGACCAGCAGCGGCUCCAGCAGGGAGAAGACUGUCUGUGCUGUCAACAAGAUCCUCAUGGGAGGAGUACCAGACAGAGGAGGACGUCCUUCUGAGAUUGAAGCCCCGCCUCCUGAGAUGCCCCCCUGGCAGAAAAGACAGGACGGUGGAGGAAGAGGAGGUGGUGGUGGCUGGAGAGGAGGAGGCUGGGGAGGUCGUGGUGGAGGAGGAGGAGGAGGAGGAGGCUGGGGAGGUCAUGGUGGAGGAGGAGGAGGAGGAAGCUGGGGUCAAGGUGGGCGAAGUGGUGGAGGAGGAGGCUGGAACCAAGGAGGACACAGUCGACACGGAGAUUACGGAGGACACGGAGGGAAGAAAAAACGAUACUAGUCUCAGACUGUUCAGUAUUUUUUACUCAGUUUGUAAAUUUAUACUUGGACAGUAUGAGUUUAUUCUGACCAGUUCAGGUUUUGUUUUUAUCUGAAGGGAGAAACUGGCAGCCUGCAGCGGAAAACUUGUCUUUAUACACAAUUUUAUAAAGGUUGCAUUUAUUUAAUGACUAUAUAAGAAUGAGUUUUUAAUUCACUUUUUUUUUAUUAGUGUUGUUUUUUUAAGAGUUUUAACAGUUGUGUCUGAACCGGACUUGGCACAGGAACUUGAAAUUUUAUUUUAUUUGCAAUUUAGGCAGCUUGUCUUUAUAAACAGUCAUAAAAUAUAC